AUAGCAUUGGUCCUUAUUACAGGGAAUACUCUAGAAAUGAAAAAUAAAUGUGCUAUUUGAAAGAAGCUGUUUCUAAAUUCUCCCAACUUGAAUAUUGCAUAGUCCGAUCUUAGCAGCCAUAUUUAUAAUACGAGCCAUUUUGUUUUGGUGUGUUUUAGAUGGUUGGUUAUUAAUAUUUUCGGUCGUAAAUAUACUCUUGAUUGUAGCUGAUGACUGGCGUGAAAUGGGCAUAUGACAAGGAGAUAUAUAAAUUGAGUUCUGUUUAUAAGUUAUUGUUUUUAAUUGAUUGGAGUCUUUUGCUGACACCUAGUUUCAAAUUGUGUAAUUUUUUGAAUGAGGAUUUUCACAACGCAGGUUGUGUAUGUUCAGCCGGAAACCGCGGGCUCAAACGUCGUCCCUCGGGAGUAUCUUAGUUAGGCCUAGUGGGGCCUAUGGUUUCAGUGUUAACUGUUUCGAAACCUGAAAUAGAUGCAAGAUUAUGUCAUUCAGACUCAAUUAUUAACUUAACGUUGUGUUCGUUCAGAUAUUAUCUAGAAAAACAUUUUUAGUAUAGGUCUUUAAAAUAGUGUUCUGUUGGAGCUGACCAUUUGCAUUUUUACUACAUAUACCCAGCCCUACUUUAGAAAAUGGAUGUUGGUUAAAGGACUGUUUAAUUUAAAGUACUGACUGGAGAGAUAUUUCAAACUAUAGUACUACAGAGAAAGAUGGCUUGUAGAACAGUGUGUUUGACUUGCUCUUCAUCAUGAAGGACGCUGAAGCAAUAAGUGAUGGCAAUUUGGUGGAGAUGGGAAGUAAUGGUAAUGCUGGGCGUCCACAACCAAAUCCUACAAGGUGGAUACUAGAAGCUAUAAAUAAAAUCAAGUACCAGAAGCAACGGCCUUCCAUUGAUAGGAUCUGCAGUGCUGUUCGACAGAAUAAUAAAGUAAGCAGAGACUUUAUUGUGGAACAGUUGGAAUUGGCUGUUGUUGAGGGUACAGUGCUUAAGGUGUAUAACAAGGGACUAUGCUCUUAUAAAGACCCAGCAGGAAAUUCUCAGGUGAAAACCCCUUCUAAAAGGAUAACAAAGGCAACAGAUCUAGUGAAAUUACUACAGAAAGUAAUCAGAGACCUGGGAGAUCCUGGAGGAUCAACUUUGUGGUCCAUAGAAAAACAUGUGAAGCAGACUUACAUUUUCGACAACUCUUCUGAGUUGGAUCUCAGAAAACAGCUUAGGUUUGCUGUCAAAAGAGCUCUGGCUAGUGGUCGACUGCUUCAAGAAGGUCGAUUUUACAAGGUUGGUAGAGUAGGAGGAACAAGCCUUGCAGAUAUUGAUACUCCUGAUACUACUUUGAGCAGCAGAAGUAACAAGAACUUGUCUUUAGAAGCCUCAUUAUUUAAAAAGGCGGUACCAAUUCCUCUUUGUAGCUUUUGUCGGGGAACGGCAGAGAGUAACAGGGAAGGGAUUUCGGAGGAGCUUAUCUCGUGCGCCGACUGUGGAAAUAGCGGACACCCAAACUGUCUAAAAUAUUCUCCAGAACUGACUGCACGUGUGCUGAACACUAGGUGGCAGUGUAUUGAAUGUAAGACGUGUAAAGUGUGUGGAAGUAGAAAUCAAGCAGAAGACUUGUUGUUUUGUGACUCCUGUGAUCAAGGCUUUCAUAUGGGAUGUUUGAAACCACCACUAACAAAGAUGCCAAAAGGCUCUUGGAGCUGUGAACCUUGCAUGGAUGAACAUCGCUCUAAGAACAGAAAAGGACGAAUAUUAAUCAAUGAAGUGGCAGCUAAUGUGAAGCAGCGUUACAAAAAACAGAGCAGUAGUAAGAUUAAAGCACAGAAAGCAAUGCAUGGUGCUUACCUCUCUUCAGACUGUGAUUUACACAAACCUUUAAAUGAAAAACACAUGAAAGUCAAAAGGAAAAGAUCAGUAACUCAAUUGCCAAAAUGGAGAGGAGUAAGAAGGGCAAAGAAAAAGAUUACAUUACAAGUAGAGCAACGUGAUGAAAAUAAAAUAACUGUACCAUCAUCAUUUUCACAUUCUAAUCUUGCUACUGAAGAAACUUUAGAACACAAGCUGGAGUUGAUGGAAGAUCAGUCUCAAGCUAUCAUUCCUGGUUUAUUUGAACCAUUCUCACUCUCAAACAAAACCAAAGGACUGAUUGAUGGACUAACAAAGUUUUUCACCCCGACUAAUAAACGUAAAUCCCGGGUUGCUUUGAGCUCCUUAGCAACACCAUUCACCUCAGUUGUGUCUGACGUAAGACAAGAAGUAAAUGGUCACUUUGAUUCUUCUGAAAAGUUGCAGUUGAGUGUGGGUGUGGAAAAUGUGGUAUCCAAACAAUUGACUAAAGGUACGGUCAGUAUAACAGAUUCAUCAUGCAUCCAACAAACUUCUAUUUUUAGCAGCUCAUCAUUAUUCUUCAAAUCAAAUUGUUCAUCUUGUAUUGCAUCUACUCAUUCACAUACAUCUGUUCUUGGAUCUUCUUCCCUCACAGCUACAAGUACUGGGCAGGGAAAGGGUUUGUUUGAUGGUCUUUCACAUCUUUACAAAGCUAGUGAUACUCACAAGUGUGCAAAAAUUGAUGGGUUUGCUCUUAACAAAAAAAAAAGAUGCAAAAAUUUGCUAGAAGAUGAAGUAGAAUCUCAGGAAUUGAUUAAUGCCACAACAGAGGAAAAUGAAGAAGAGAAUAAUCAGCCACAUGAAUUUUACCACAUGCAACAGGUUUCUAGGGAGUCUGAUGACUCAAAUAUAUUUCCCACGACAGCUUCACAAACUGCACAACAUUCAGAGUGGAUGCCAUCAUCAUCUGUAGUUUCUGAUGCUCUUAAACUUACUUGUACAAGAGUAACAUAUUCACAGACAGCAUUGACCUCUACAUUAUAUACAACACAAGAUAAAAACUUUUCAUCUUCAUCGUCUUCUGUGUCUCAUGAUGAUCAAACCUCGAAACUGUCAAAGAAUGUCGCCUACUCUCAGGAAGAAGGAGUAUGUGAUUCAUUACCUCCAUCACCAUCAAAGAAAAAGAACAAUAGCAAAUUUGCAAAUGGCGCUACAGGACUACAUAAACAACAUUUGCCUAUCGGAGUAACAGAAAAGGAUCUUAAUCUUUUCAGAAAAGCACAGCAAAUUUCAUUACAAGCUUUGGGACAUGGAACAUUACCUGUGGAAGCUCCUACCCGCUACCCAGUUUCUAUUGAAUUUGGUUGUUUUGACAUUCAGACGUGGUAUUCAUCUCCUUUCCCACAAGAAUAUGCUAGAUUAUCUAAGCUUUUCAUCUGUGAAUUCUGCCUUAAGUACUUGAAAAGCAGAAACAUUCUACAGAGACAUAGGAGGAAAUGUUUGUGGACACAUCCUCCUGCCACAGAAAUCUAUAGAAAAGAUAAUCUAUCUGUCUUUGAAGUAGAUGGUAAUAUCAACAGAAUCUAUUGUCAAAACCUCUGUCUACUUGCCAAACUCUUCUUGGAUCAUAAAACUCUAUAUUACGAUGUUGAGCCAUUUCUGUUUUAUGUUCUGACAAAAAAUGAUGAUAAAGGAUGUCAUUUUGUUGGAUAUUUCUCUAAGGAAAAACAUUGUCAACAAAAGUAUAAUGUUUCGUGUAUCAUGACAAUGCCACAUUACCAAAGGAUGGGUUAUGGCCGAUUUCUGAUUGAUUUCAGUUAUUUAUUAACAAGGAAAGAAGGACUUGUUGGAACGCCAGAGAAACCUCUAUCAGACUUGGGUCAGUUGAGUUAUGCCUCUUACUGGAAAAGUGUCACUUUAGAGUACAUCUACAAAAACAAGGACAAACAAAUUAAGAUAGAGGAUAUUUCCACUGAAACUGGUGUUAGUACUGCAGACAUAAGUUCAAUACUUGAACUUAUUGGAGUUCUUAAGUAUAAAGAUGACAUCUUAAACCUGAUCGUUGACAAGACAUGGCUUGAGGGCUACAUGAGAAAAGCUGCAGUCCGUAGGAAUGAAAGAUUGGAAAUUGAUCCUAAGUGUUUGAGGUGGAUACCAGCGAUUUCCGUUCCUUCCCUGACUUCUGAAAUCAGUGAAUUUGAGAAGGAUGAAGAAAAGUCAAGUUCUAAACAAGAAAAGUUCCAUAGUAAUUCUACAGAUGAACCACUACUUGAAACAGGUUGUAGAAAAAUAGAUAAAAACAAGACAGAAGAUCAAGCUCAAACUUCAUUUAAUAGAAACAAAAUUGAAAACACACAAAAUAGUAGAAAGAAAGUUCAGGAAGAUACAAAAAUAAAUAAAAAGAAAAUUAAUGAAAAACUUAACAAAACAAGUAAAAGCAAAUUUGAAGAAGAUUUAAAAUCAGAUAAAAACAACAACUUCAAAGAGGUAAAUACGGAUAAAAAUAAAAUUCAAGAAGAAUCGGACCCGAGUGAGGUUUUGGAAGAUUCGGAGAUAAGUAAAAAUACUAGAGAAGACACAAAGACACUUGAUUGUAAAAAACUAGAGGAAACUAAAGCAAAUAAAAACAGAUGUGAAGAUAAUUCAAAGACUGAAAAAAGCAAAGAUGAAAGUGAGUCAAAAAAUAAUUUACAUACAUCCAAGAAAAAGAACAAAUCAAAGAAGAAAAGUCUUUUGAAACUGAAGAGGAAAAGAAAGCGGGAACAUGCUUCUGAGAAACACAAGAGCUCGCUUAGUUCAGGCCAUGAAAUAGAGGAUGCAGAACCUAAGAAGAAAAAACAGAAAAAAGAUCAUGGUUCAACUUCAAAGAGUCAUGUAUCAGGCCAAGAAAAAUCUCAUAAGGAACACAGUAACUCUGACAAACAAAUUAGUCAAAAGGAAGGGAAAUCAAAAAAGAAGAAAAACAAGAAGAAGAAACUGGCUGCCUUAAAAGGAGAACUGAAGCUUGGAGAUAAUGAACACAGUAAAGAAAAAGAGAAGUCCAACCAGAAGUCCCGUAAGAGUGAAAAGUCUAGCAAAAAGGCAAAGCAUCAUUCAGAGAAGUCCAAGAGUGCAAACUCACCAGAGAAGAAACAAAAGUCAAAGAAAUCAGGAUUGUCAUCAGACAAAAAAAAAAGUAGCAAUAAACGCAAGAAGCGAAAAAAAUUGAAAAAUAAUACAUCUUCUACUUGUACUACAUCAUUUGUUGCAGAAGAAAUGCCAGAGCUAGAAAAUUGUCUUAUGCCACCAGUUCUUUUACCAGCUAUUCCUUGUGAUGGUGCAACAUUAGGACAAGUACAAAGUCCAUCUUUUGAGCCGGAUGCAUCUCCACCAAUCCUACAGGCAUCAGUGAUAGAACCUGAUGAAAAGUUGUUGUUUAUGGAAGGCACAGACAAAGAAAAUCUGCCUGUUAAAGAGAAACCCAGUUUCUUGUUAAAUCCAGCACCAUGCACAAAAUUAAAGGAGCAAGACCAAGAGAGUAGAGUAACUGAAUGGGAUAAAGACCAUGUUUCUGAUCCAGAGCAUGUAGAUCAGGAAGUUCCUGUACCACCAGUUUUUAAUGAUAAGGAGAAUGAUGAAUCAUUCCAAGUAGCUUAUAUUACGAUACCCCAGACAUGUAUUGAAGAAGUCAGUAAAGCUGAUGUAGAAGAACAUCCUGACUCCUUAGAUGAGAAAGGCCAGUUGAAUGAAGAAACAGAACAAAGUGUUCUCAACCUUUUGAGAAGAGACCAAGAUCAUUCUCAUGACUGGGACCCUGAAGAUUAUGGACCUCCUCAAAUGGCAUCUGAGCAAGAGAACACUUUAUCCUCUUUUGAUAUUCCACAUUCUAGUUGUGAUGACAUAGAAGAAGAUGAAUGUGUAGAAGAUUCCAUUUUACCUGGAGAGUUUGAUGACCCAGUAUCUUGCUCUCUUUCCACAGAGUUGCCAAUUAAUGAAGAAAUUUCAAGUCCAAUAAUUGUUGUAUCAGAAGCUACAGAUUCUGUAGCAGAACAGCUGGAGGUAGACACAUCUGUUCAUCAGCUUCCACUUACACCAAUUACUCCACAGACACCUGGUUCUAAUCCUCCUCCUAACAUUACCCAUAGCCAACACAUGUGCAACCUAGAUGAGGCCUUUCAUGAGCAGCAUCAGGAAAACACUAUUUCCUCAGGUGUAGAAAACUCUAUGGCUUGCACACAGGAAACGCAGGUGCUGAUCAACUCAAGUAAUAAUGCUUCUAGUCAGCUGAGUGAUGCCACUAAAUUCGAUGAAAACCUAGCAGGGGAACUUCACAGUAAUCUUGAAUGCUUGCAUACAUCAUCUCCAGAAACUGAUCUUCACACUUAUGACCUUUCACAGAGAAUGGAUCUUGUUGUGGAAGCCAACCAUACACCUCAGCCACCAUCCUCCACUCCAUCCACUCCCAGUGGAUUUGUAGGAAAACACAACUCAACUCCAACUCCACAGGACCUAGUUAAUAUGGGGGUUUAUACUCCUGACUCAUCAACGAACAGUGUUAAUUCAAAUAGUGGUUUCAACUCUGUGGAAAUAGAUGUCACACAGUUGGGCCUGGAGUCACCAACUUCUAUUAGCAGUGGUGAGAUGGCUCAAAACUCUGUUGAACCUCCUCAGCCAGCACAAACUCCACAACCUUUCCCUGACUGUGCUCAGCUACAGAACAGUUAUUGCAGUGCUGCUCAACCACCACAUGGGGCAAUGGCUGCAGCCGUAGCUGCUAUUGCCCAAGCCCAGCGACAAGCUCACCUCCAUUCCUUCAGCUGUUCAUCUAGUGGCCUAACAAAUUGUAGUAACAGGAUAGCACCUCCCCAACAGAACUCUCAUACUUCUGUGUCACAUGGACAUGCUGUUUCUUCUCCUGUGUCAAACUUAGUGCAGAGUAAUAUGGUUAAUGUCAAUUCUCCCUCAAUGAACACUUUACUGGUAGGACAGUCAUCCAUGUGUUCCUCACCUAACUACAUGAACACGGUAAAUAUGGCAGUGACAGGAGGAAACCCGGGCGGUUCAUACAUGGUAGGGGUGCCAGUGGCUACGAUGAUCCAGCACCAGUCACCAGCUCUUGCAGUUGCUGCUCAUUCACAGCAAUUUCAACAGCAGGGACACCAUAAUGUAAAUAUAGGAAAUCAAGUUUCUGUCACAAUAUCUGGAACUAUGCAGCGCCUCACUCAUGUCAAUGUUGGUCUUCCUCCUUCAGCAGUCUCUGCUUGUGCAGUAUCCUCGACAGUUCCAGCAGGAUUCCACCUUCAGCCACCUAAUUACUCCUGUACUCCUACACUAAAUCCUACACCAGCACCUAAUCCACAAUCUCAUGCUAACUACAGCUGCAGCCUUGCCAAGCUUCAACAGCUUACUAAUGGAAUCAUGGAUAUUGGUCCCCCUCAUAUGUCUCCUUCUUGUAGCACUAUGACUCCAUCACCAAACCUAACUCCUCCUUCACCACAGGUAAAUAUCACUCCUCCUCCUCCCCAAAUGCAGCGUGGGAUUUCCAGUCUGCAGCCUCAAGGAUCAAUACCGUCCAAUGCAGGCCACAGCUACGGUCAGUACAGCCAUCGUUACCAUGCUCGGCAGAUGCAGCGAAACUCUAGUGUAGCAAUUGGCCACAAUCUAGUAGCAGCAGGGUACCAGACUUUAAAUGGGGUUGGCUACCGUAUGCCACAAGGACCUCCUCCAGGAGCAGCAGCAAUGGUUAACACAGCAGGUUACAUUACCAAUGCUGGAUUCAUCAACUCCUCACAGUUACAGACUGCUGCCGUCCCCAUGGGCGUUGUGAACUUCAACAUGCACCCUCAAGCUCAAUACCAAGAGUCUAUUCAAGCAUCAAGACCCCAGAACACAAUGUACACUGCAUAUGGAUAUCUGAAUGGAGGUCUGACCCCUCAGGCCUUGAACCCUGUUAUGAGACGAUAGCCAUCCAUGAGAUUUUCAGAAGCCAGCUUAACUUUCCUAUUGUAAUCUAGAUACAGUAAGGUGUUUUUUUAAAGACAAAUAGUAUACACAUGAAUAGGACUGUACAGGAACAUCUAAAAAGGUCCUUAAAAAAGCUGAAUAGUUGUGAUUUCAGACUGUACAUUUCAGAGGUGAACUAUUUUCUCUUAACCGACUUUUUUGAAUGUUUUAUGAGUGAUAGAAACAAAUUUGGGUUUUCUUUCUGGCCACAUACGCAAUAUCACUUUUAUUGGUGCUGGCCGAAAUGGAUCAUUUCAGCAUACCAAUCUGUGUAACAUUGCUUAUAUAGAUAUUUUUGUUUCUGUUGUUGUAUGCCAGUUGUGUACAUACUGCUGUUAGAAACAUAACAUUUUGGACUUUGACUCGUGCUCUUUUCUUGUUUCAUAAUGAUGUAAGUAAAUGUGUAAAUAUUAUAUAUAUAAAUAUAAAUAAAUAUAUAUAAAUAUAUACAUACAUAUAUAUAUUCACCAUUGGGUUUUAAGGGUGGGGGAGCAUCCACUUUCGUUUUGAAUGUGAUAGUAAUAGAACUUUUACUGUUAGGUUUGUACAUAAACUGUUGGGUAAUGAUUCAUUAAGAAUAUAGGAACAUUACUGAAAACAAUCAAGAGGAACUUACUGAAACACUUGAAAUGGCUAGUUUGAUUUUAAGCUUUUUAUAGCAAGAAAAAACUAUUAAGUAAUAGUUCAAAAGAAAGUUGAAAUUGUGAUUUUUAUGCAACAAAUCUAAAAGAAAUGUAUGUAUACUCAUAAACAAUUAGACAUAAUUAGAGAUUUUAGAGUUUGUAUAUUCUAAAUAUUAUAAUCUUUUUUCUUUUUUUUUACAUUCAUUAUUGUCCAUAUACUUAUUGUGAAGAACGUUUUCAUCAAUUUACAUCAAAAAUAAGGUUUGCCUGUCAAUGGGUUGGACAGGCCUCACGUCAUAAAAACUUGUGAUAUUAUUCAUAACUGCUAUAUCAUCAUUUCUUAACAGACAAACAUAUUGACAAUAAUUGCAAUGAUAUUAAGAAAAGAGUUUGAUCCAAGACCAAUUCAGCCAACUGAUAUUAAAGAUUUUUAAUCUGCAAGUUGCAUGUUGACAGGUGACUGUUUUAAUUGUGGUUGUAUUCAGUACUAUUAAUGCUUAUUCUUAUACUAUAGUUAUGCGGUGUUAUAAUGGAAAAAACAGAGACGCUCCUUUCUAGAAGUGUACGCAUUCUUAAAUUUUAGUAAAACAGCUUGCAAUUAUGGUUUGUUUUGUGGGAAAAAAAAAGCUAUAGAGUAUAUUUUUGAGUAUCCGUUUUUUUUUGUGCCUUGAUGUAGCUGUUGAUUACUUCAUAGUGUUAUGCCACCUGUCAUUGUUCACCCUCAUUGCUGCUGUAUAUAGUGCUAAACCAGAAAUAAAUGUCACCCUUUGCACUUGCAA